GCGGAGAAAGUUCGAUAGUCUAUCAUCCUCCCUUCCUUCUUGGCCUGCUGGUUUUUAAAGACAACACCUGGACAGCUCCAAAUCACCACACCGGUACAUCAAACAAUAGCACCAUCAAAAAUGGCUUUCCAGAAGCUCGCGAUCCCCCUCAUACUGACCCUCUAUUGCGCCCUCCUGGCCAGCGCUUCCUCCCUCCGCCGCCGCCAAAACUGCAUCGUGAACCCGAUCCUCUACACCAGCUUUGACGAAACCCUGACCCUCUCCGUCCAAAACAAGUCCCACCCACUACACAACCGAGCGAUAUACUACACGCCCCUUGGAGACUCAACCACGGGACCAGUCGAGCACGCGCUGACCGUCUACCGAAGCAGCCCCCUCCCUCCCGCUGCCUUCCGCCUGACCUCGCAGAAACUCUACCACGCCCCGCCCCUCGGCGUGCCAGAGCAGAUUCCGGUGUACACCAGACCGAGUGGAUAUAGCGGCCUCGAUGAAGUCUAUUUCCCGGCCACGCUGCCGAGCGAGGAGCCAAAGGUGCUGUGGAGCGGGUAUCCAGGGUGUGAUCCGGACACCAAUGCCCCUCAGUUGGAAUUGGGGCCCGACGGGAAUAUGAAGGUCUGCGCGAAACCUCAAGGAGAUGAUUGGAGAAUUUAUGUACAGAGUGGGUCCGGACAAGUGGAGGAUUGUGUGCUGUCUGUCAUCAAGCUCGUUAAGAAUCCCACUUAAGCGUGAGCCCGAACUCUCAGUUAAAAGAUUGGGUCGGAUAUUUGAAUCAAUGGGGAUGUGAUGCGGUCACUUGUUUGUUUGGCUUAGAUACUUUUUUUUUUCUUUUUCGCAUUGUUCCGUCUUUCUUUCUUUGACCAAUUUUCGUGGUCUACAGAUUGGAUGUCUAGACAAUGAGGCGGGUGUGUGCGGGUGUGUACUGUACGGGUGCAAAUAAGAUUUUUG